AUGUGUGAACGUCACGAGCCUGCGUCACAUCCCAUGCCCAUAAGUCGUUACAAUCGCCAUGAUGUGAAGCAUCUGUCGAAGAAUCGCUUUUCACGCUUGGAUGCGGAUAUCGCUAGUUCAUACGUCGAUGAUGAAGAAGGUGAAGAAAGGCCACGACCGAAGCAGGGUACUGUGACCCGUGUCAUCAACAUGCUGGCCGGUCGUGUAAUGCACGGGCAAGGUCUCUCUAGAAGAGGCAAGAAGGACGAACAAACACUACGAAGUGCGGCUGGUGUGGCGCGUAACACUGAAAUAGUUUAUAAGAUCAAAAUUCCAUUUGGACGGAAAUUUGCUGUGCCCUGGAUAAUGAAACAAUUACACCAACAGAUUGAGGAUAUUAAGCCAUUACUAGUCUCAACGACACCUAGAGGAGACGUCGAAUUUCUUCUAAAAGCAGUUGUUGACAGCAGGUAUAAUCACGAGACACGAUCGCUUGACCUUAGCGAGUUUGCCCUUGAUCAACAAUUCAAAGAUCGUGAUCUCCAUAUGAUGCUUAACAAGAACAACGUUAUGUUAACGGUGGUUGAUAGAAUUGAUGAGAAAUUUGGCUCUAUAACAGCACUCAGUCUACAGGGUAACCGACUACGUUUCCUUGAUUACGCUGCAGUUCUUACCAGUGUUACAAAGUUUUUGAAGGUGCUGGAUCUUUCUAAUAACCAGAUCGACAAGAUCGGCGAAUUGGAGAAACUGAAGGGCCUUCCUGUUGAGACGUUGUUUUUCGAGGGAAAUCCUCUUGUGGAACAGCUAACCACUGCGUCAGGCUAUCUCAGGUCUAUUGUUAUGCGAGUUCAGAGUCGUGACGGUGCUCCAGUACAGCCUGCAUCAACGCAUGUGCCGUCAUUGGAUGAUGAUGAUGUAACAUCAGAACCACCGUGUGGACCUGGAUUUUACGGAAAUGAUAAUUUGCGUGUGUUAGUCGAACGAUUCCUUGUGGAAUACUUCAAAUUAUACGACGGGGAAGACGGGGCAGCCACACGAAAGAACUUAGUGCAAGCGUAUGAUCAGGAAAAUGCUUUGUUCGUUGAUUUCACAGAUCUAAUUGUUCUUUCUAUAGUUCUUGCUAUAAUACAUAUGUUCGAGUAUCGCAUAAUGUUGUAUGGGAGGAAAGGUGGUCGCGAAACCGCAGCACCCGAACCUAUCGAGGUCAGUACAGUCAUUCGUAGAGCGAUGGAUAUCGCUGUAGCACUUUCAAAGUUGCCUAUUACGAAUCAUUACACGGAAUCGUUUAUCGUGGACACGCAUCUGAUAUCGGAAGAGCUGAUGGCAUUCAGUGUUCAGGGGUUAUUUGAAGAUGGAAAAUUCGCGAAGGCCGGUGAAGUGCCGCAGUUAAAUUUUUUUACAAGAUCUUUCAUUGUCUCUCCUCGGGAAAACGAGUCAGUAGCAGUGCUCUCCGAUAUGUUAUAUAUAAGCGGAAUCAGUUCAGCUCGAAUUGCCCGAUACAAGCUAAUGUUAAACAAGGCUCUCUCUGUGCGACAACCACUGCCUUCUACCUCCACUGGCGAUUCUGUUUUGAAUGCAGCUCAGUCCAUUGACGGUCUGCAGAUGUCUAGUCAACUGUCUCCUGAACUUAAGCGACAAAUGGUAGAACAAUUUUGCAAGGACAGUGGCAUGAUUGCGUCAUGGUCUGAAAAAUGUCUAGUUGAUUACGAUUGGAACUAUGAGGCCGCUGGGCAAGCAUUUCUCUGUAACAAGGACAAUAUACCUAAGGAGGCAUUUGGAUCUCCUUAA